UAUCUUCCACAUGUUCACUAUAGGCUGGGGAAAGCACACCGUGAACCGGAUCAGACACUAGAGGUGCUGAUGAUGAACUUGGACCCAGAAAAAAUGAAAUGGUUUUAUAAAGAAGUUUGUCCUACAGCAGCUGAGGCCACAAAGAAAUCGGGCAUUGAUCGUCUCAUCCCAGAUGUUAUGAUUGAUGACUUUCAAUUUGAUCCAUGUGGAUAUUCCAUGAAUGGACUGAUGCGCAGUGUGCCGGGUGGAUACAUGACUAUCCACAUUACACCAGAGCCUGAGUUCUCAUAUGUGUCCUUUGAGACUAACAUCCCACAGAAGUCAUACAAGGAUCUCAUUUCUCGUGUUGUGUCUACAUUUGGACCCCAGCAAUUUGUCCUCACAUUUUUCAAGAGUCUUGUAAGUAAAGGCUGUUAAUAUAGUUAUCUCUGA